GAACCGGAUGGUUAAUGUGAAAACAGGCAAUGGUGUGAUUAAACAAACGGACAUCCAUUAACUCAAAAGUUAAGCAUGUCCCAGUCCAUCUAAAUGGUGGAUACAACUCAUCUAAAGUGGGACCAACGGUUUGGAUGACUUACAUAUAGUAGUUUGAGAAUUCGUAUGCAUGUAUAUGGACCGACAUACUCUCCCGUGCAUCAAAUAAAACCCCUUUCUUCCUUCUUCCGUCUGUCGUCAAAAUCAAUACCUCAGUUUUUUCUUAGCUUUUAGUCGUUUUCUUGGAAUCGCAGAGAAAUUUCAGAUCAUUGAAGGAGUGCAGAGAAAAAGUAUUAAAAGAUCUCUCUUCUAUGCUCGCGCAUCAAAUGACUUCCUAUCGGAUGCCAGAAACUGCAUUUUCUCUGAUUCGCAGCAACAGAUGAAGAAAGGAAAUUCCAGUUCUCCAAUCCGGAUAUUGAAGGUGAAAAUCCAAUCCAUUUCGAGAAAAUGAAAAUCCCUCUUUUCGGAUUCCAGAAAAUCAGAGCCUUUUCCACUUCAAUUCCAUCGAUCGCCUGUUAAGGAUGCCUCCCAACGAUCUCGCUCUGUUUCUUAUUCUCAUCCUUUUCUUUUCUAUUCCAAAUCUACCGUCCAUCUCUGCUAAUAUUAGAGGCCACUGUAACCGCUUCUGCGGCGGAAACAGCGUCCAGUACCCGUUCGGCUUCUCGGACGGCUGCGAAAUCCCCUUAAAGUGCAGCAACAGCAGCAGCGGCGGCGAGAUCCGCAUCGGCGAUUUCGGCGUCAAAAGCAUAACGUCCGACGCCAUCCUGAUCGAUAUUCCGUCGAAUUGCGGCCGUCGGAUCCGAUCCAUCUCGAAGCUCUUCGGAUCCAACUUCGCGCCGACGUGGUACAACGGGCUGCUACUGCAGAACUGCAGCUCGAAUAUCUCGGGCUGCUUGAUAUCUACAUCGGUGCUGGAGCGGAAGUUCGAGCUAGAGAGCUGCGGACCGAAGAGCAGCAACAUCAGCUGCUACGCGAAGGAAGUAAAUGAGGGUUUUCUGGGAUUGGAUAACGUGACUAACAGUGGAUGUCAGGUUCUGUUUUCGUCCGUCGUGGUCGGAUAUGGCGAGGGUCGAGCGGCGUUGUCGCUGGAUUUUCAGAGGUUAGAGCUGGGAUGGUGGAUCGAAGGUACAUGCAGCAGGAACGGCAGCUGCUCAUUGCAGGCGAAUUGUACGGAUAUGACGUCGCCUGUGAACGGACGGAAGGGGUUUCGAUGCCGGUGCGUCGACGGGUACAAAGGAGAUGGGUUUCGCGCGGGCGACGGAUGCCAAAAAGUCAAUCGCAACUGCAAUCCGUCAAAGUACAUCUCGCGCCGAUGCGGCAGAACCAUUCAGCUUGGCGUUAUGAUUGGAGGUAUUGUCGCAGGAGCUUCCUUGGUGGCCGCUCUCGCUUUUCUAUGCUGCUACAUUCGACGGUGUUCCACUACCCUCAAAUCCCGACGGAGCGCUAGACUCUUGCUGUCCGAAGCCGCAGGUUCCUGCACCAUCCCUUUCUAUUCCUACAAAGAAAUCGAGAGAGCCACGAAUGGAUUCUCGGAAAAAGAGAGGCUAGGAACGGGUGCAUACGGAACAGUGUAUGCAGGAAAACUCCAUAAUGAAGAAUGGGUUGCCAUAAAAAAGAUCAGGCACCGAGAUAGCAUCGAGCAAGUCAUGAAUGAAAUUAGGCUAAUCUCAUCGGUCAGCCACCCAAAUCUCGUCCGCCUCUUGGGUUACUGCAUUGAGAGAGGCGAACAGAUGCUUGUAUAUGAGUUUAUGCCGAAUGGAACUCUUUCACAGCACCUACAAGGGGAGAGGGGAUCUGGACUACCUUGGACGACUCGACUCACGAUAGCUGUCGAUACAGCCAAUGCCAUUGCCUAUUUGCAUUCUGCAUUGAAUCCACCAAUCUACCACAGAGACAUUAAAUCAAGCAACAUUCUGUUGGACUACAAAUUCAAUUCGAAAGUGGCAGAUUUCGGCCUCUCGAGGAUGGGCCUAACAGAGUCAUCACAUAUCUCGACUGCCCCACAAGGCACGCCGGGGUAUGUCGACCCUCAGUAUCAUCAGAACUUCCAUCUCUCUGACAAGAGCGACGUCUACAGUUUUGGGGUUGUUCUUGUUGAGAUCAUAACAGCAUUGAAGGUGGUUGAUUUCUCAAGGGUGCAAGAUGAGGUGAAUUUGGCCAAACUUGCAAUUGAUAAGAUUGGGAAGGGAUGUGUGCAUGAGAUCAUAGAUCCAUUUCUAGAGCCAAACAGCGAUACAUGGACACUCUCAUCGAUUCACAAGGUGGCUGAGCUGGCAUUCAGGUGCCUUGCAUAUCACAGAGACAUGAGGCCAUCCAUGAUGGAAGUGGCAGCUGAACUAGAGCAAAUCAGGCGUAGUGGGUGGACCCAUAUGGAAGAUGACUUGGGAUCCUGCGAUUCAUCCUGCUCAUCACCAUUGAAUGGCAGCAAGAAACUGCCGGCGAUGUCGAAGACGACAUCCAUGGAGAGUAGGAGAUUGGUGAAGGAUUUAUCACCUGUGUCUGUGGAAGAUCCGUGGUUCAGUGAACAGAGCUCCCCUUCAUCAAACAGCUUAUUGGAUAAUGCAAUUCAAUAAUCUAAGUCCAGAUUGACGAUCUGAAAAGCCCGUUGUGUUGCGUUGUCGGAUGCCCAACCUUGAAGGUCACCGGUUCUGGCUAGGCUCAUCAGCCAACCAUUGUGAUUUUCGGUUCCCAAUAAUCCAUGUAGGACGUGACAGAUGAAUGACCAACGGUGCAGAUAUCAUACAUGUGUGCAAAGAAGCGGAAUAGAGUGCUGGAUGACAUAGGCCAACCAGUAGAAAUGGGUAGAUGGCUAGCUGUAUACUCACAUUCAUGAAGGUAAAAGAAAGCCACAAAGGCGACAACGAAAAGAGCCAAGCGCACGGUGUUGAUCUUAGCCAUCGUUCCAAAAUGCAAGUAAAAUCAGAUGGUUGAUAUUUAAACUGUUCGUGUAUGGGAUUUUUAUAAGUGGUUAAGCGUCCACAAACUUAGUAUUUACGGAUAUAAGAAUCUCAUAUUCAUAAA